GGUAUAUCAACUUAAGUACUAACAUGGUAUGAAAGAAAUGCAAGCAAUAUUUUUCUUUGCAGAUAAAUUUAAAACCAACAAUAUGAGCAUAGUAGAGAUUUUAGCAGCAUCAAUUGUGGAAGCUACUAUGCCCACAAUUCAACUGUUGCAGAUUUUUUUCUCUCUUCUUUCAUCCUUUCGAUCGACACCCGAUAUAACUGCAACACAUGCCACCAUCACGGAUAGACAAAGUUUCGACUUCAUAGUAAUUGGUGCUGGUUCUGCGGGAUGUGUCUUAGCUAACAGACUAACGGAAAUUAGCAAUUGGACUGUGUUACUUAUAGAAGCUGGCGGUGAGCCUGAUUUAACAUCCGAGAUUCCAGGUUUAUUUCCUAUAGCUGAUCAUCCUAAACAAGACUGGAACUAUUAUUCUGCAAAUGAUGGUUAUUCAAGUCAAGCACACAGAACAAAAACGGUUCGCCUACCAAGAGGAAAAAUGUUAUCAGGCUCUAGUGGCAGCAAUUACAUGACUUAUGCCAGAGGUAAUAAAGCUGAUUAUAAUAAAUGGGGGGAAUUUGGAAACAAAGGUUGGGAUUGGAAGAAUUUAUUAUAUUACUUCAAAAAAAGUGAAAAAUUCAACAUAAAACCUAUUCUUAAAAGUGUGUCAGGAAAACUACACGGAACUAAUGGAUAUAUUGGUGUCACUCAAAAUGAUCUAAGCACUGUUGAGAACUAUUUACAAGCUUUUGAAGAACUUGGCCAUAAUAUCUUGUUAGACUACACGGGAUUUCAAUCAUUAGGUUACUCUGUAGAAAUGUUUACCACUGAUAAUGGAAUUCGGCAGAGCACAGCCGCAACUUAUUUGAAAGCUGCUAAAAAACGUCCAAAUUUGUUUGUUUUAAAAAAUACUUUGGCAAGAAAAGUCAUCUUAAGAGGUCUCACUGCUAUUGGUGUUGAAAUUGAACUAUGUAGUAAUAAAAUAAUCAAAGUUAUGGCCAAUAAAGAAGUAAUACUAUCAGCGGGAGCAAUUAAUUCACCUCAGCUUCUUAUGCUAUCUGGUAUUGGACCGAAAAAUCAUUUGAAAGAAACAGGAAUUCAAAUAGUAUUAGAUUCACCAAACGUUGGGAAAAAUUUACACGAUCACAUUUAUUCUCCAAUUGUAUUUACGGGAGAAAGAGGAGUGACAUCAAUCGUUGACAAUAUAGCUGUAUUGACAGGUUUAGCCUCUAAUGCCAUAACAGUUUUAGGACAUGCUGCUUUGAACAGAUCUCAAGAAUAUCCUGACUAUCAAUCGUAUUUGUACCCUCUACCAGCUGCAUCUGCAUUGACACCAGUUUUUUGUUCAUACAUACUUCAAUUAGAAGAUAUAUCAUGUGCACAUUUAGUCAAGAGAGGAUUACUACAAGAAAUAAUAAUUACUUACAUUUCAAUGUUGCACCCAGAGUCCAGAGGAUAUAUAAAACUGCGGAACAAAAACCCUAGAAGUAGUCCUAUAUAUUAUACGGGAUACUACUCAAAUGUCAACGACCUGGAGAAACACGUUCGUUACUUUGAAGAUUUCAUACAAAUUGUGAAUUCCACGUAUUUUAGAAGUAUUGGAUCAGAAAUUAUAAACUUAGAAAUUCGUCAAUGUCGUCACACAAAAUUUGGUAGUCAUGAGUAUUGGAAGUGUUUCAUUCUAAAUACAGCAUCUACAACUUUUCAUCCUGCUGGGACUUGUGCGAUGGGUCCAGAAGGCGUAGGGGUCACAGACGACAGACUGAAUUUAAGAGGUGUAAAGAGACUACGAGUAGUUGAUGCUAGUAUUAUGUCCUCUACAGUGAGUGGAAAUACUAACAUGCCAGUAAUAAUGAUUGCGGAGAAAGCAUCUGAUAUAAUUAAAAAAGAUCAUGGUUACAUGUAG